ACAUUCACACGCAGUCACACACUGAUAAUAGAGUGGCAAUCCUCCAUUUCCAUCUCAGAACAAAUCCAGAAACAUUUCACCGAAAAUCCAGAAAGAAUUUGUAAAAAGACAAUAUAAUGAGCGCCGUAUUGAAAAGCAAAGUGCAGAGAAAAUUUAAGAUGAGAGGCUACACAAUAAAAUUGGAAGCCCUAGCUGAAAUCCUCUCCUUUGUCAACCGCUUCCCCGAUGCCGAAGACGACGCCAUUGACCUCCUCCUCGAUGAGCUCCACCACCUCUCUCUGAAAUCGUCGAUUUUGGAUAAAGAGGCGGUGAAUAAAGUGGUUACCCUUUUACUAGAAGCUGAAGCCGCUGUUGAAGAAAACCCUAACAGUGCUACUCUUGGCGUUGGAGGCUCUGCUCUUCGAGUUAUUAAUGCUUUCGAUAUUCCAAAAUUUCGUUAUGAUCCUGUUAAGAAGAUUUUCUACGAACAUACAGGCCGAAAUCCAAUUCAUGGCGAUGCUUCUGCUAAAGCGGCUCUCUAUAGGGAUAGGUUUCUCUUGUUGUUCCAGAGACUUUCUCGUGAUCCCCAUUUUUCUAGGCCAAAUUUUGGUUCUGACUUCUCUGACUAUGGGAGCUGUGAGAUAUCUCCAAUUCAAUCUUUGGUUGGGCAAACAGGGAGGAGGUGGAUCAUGGGUUUAAUAUCUCAGCUAGAAGAUGGGCACUUCUACCUGGAAGAUCUAAAUGCUGCUGUUGAAGUUGACUUAUCUAACGCAAAAAUAACUACAGGGUACUUUUCAGAAAACACGAUUGUUUUAGCAGAAGGCGAGAUGCUCUUGGAUGGUGUUUUUCAGGUUAAAACAUGUGGAUUUCCUCCUUUAGAGGAUAGAGAAAAGUCUUUCAGCUAUUUUAGCGGUGUGGACUUCUUUGGUGGUGGUAUACUUACUAAAGAGGAAACACUGAGACUUUCAGAGUUGGAGAGUAGGGCGGUGAAUGACAUGUUUGUUAUACUUUCUGACAUUUGGCUUGACAAUGAGGAGACUGUGGCAAAUUUGGAGACAGUCCUCGAUGGUUACGAGAAUGUGGAUGUGGUUCCUUCUCUUUUUGUUUUCAUGGGAAAUUUCUGCUCUCGUCCUUGUAAUCUUUCUUUCAAUUCUUUCUCAAGUCUCAGGUUGCAGUUUGGAAAGUUAGGGCAAGCGAUUGCUACCCACCAAAGACUAAUGGAACAAAGUAGAUUUCUUUUUAUUCCUGGUCCAGAUGAUGCCGGUCCCUCAACUGUUUUACCUAGAUGUCCUUUGCCAAAGUACAUAACUGAAGAACUUCAGAAACACAUUCCAAAUGCAAUUUUCUCUACUAAUCCUUGCAGAAUCAAGUUCUAUACACAAGAAAUUGUAUUUUUCCGUCAAGAUCUGCUUUAUAGGAUGCGUAGAUCUUGUCUCAUGCCCCCUUCAACAGAAGAAACAAGUGAUCCUUUUGAGCAUCUUGUGGCUACAAUCACACAUCAAAGUCACCUUUGUCCCCUACCUCUGAGUGUACAACCAAUUAUCUGGAAUUAUGAUCACAGUCUACAUCUCUAUCCCACCCCGCAUACGAUAGUCUUGGGAGACAGAAGUGAGCAAAAGGCUUUCAAGUACACAGGAAUCACAUGCUUUAAUCCGGGUUCUUUCUCUAAUGAUAACACCUUUGUCGCCUAUCGGCCCUGCACUCGUGAAGUUGAACUGUCAGCUUUGUAAACGUCAACUCUUUUGGCCAACAAUAGGGCAUCAUCUUGUUGAUUUUUUUAUUUGGUGAAGGAUCCGCUUCAUUUUAGAAGUCUUUCAAGGUCUGUAUGUUGUAAUCCGUAGGAAAAUUUUCAUGUAAAGUUGUAAUUGAUGACCCUUGAUUUUAGUUCAA